GCCCGCCGCCGCGCGUCGCCGCAGCUGGGGAGCGCCGGGAGCACAGCUCGGGCGCGGGGCGCUCCGCACCGCACCGAACCGCCCGCAGCCCCGGAGAUGAAGAGAGUUUGCACGCUGCCCCUCUGGCUGUGGCUCGGCAUUGUCUCGGAGGCAGAUCUGGUAAGCAGCUAUUCUAUGACCCCUCCUACUCUUAGCAUCACCGAGGAAGAACACGUCAUCAACGCCAAGGACACGCUGACCAUCACCUGCAGAGGCCAGCAUCCCUUAGAGUGGUCGUGGCCUGGAGGCAAAGUGGACCCCCGUGGGAAGGAGAAGGAGAUGGAAUUCAUGGCCUCAGCAGCACCCAGUGGGGGCCGGGCGAUCCAGGAAGAGGACUGCGAGGGGACGGGCACGAAGCCCUACUGCAAAGUGCUGGUGCUGACGGAGAGCCAGGCCAAUGACACGGGUUACUACCGCUGCUAUUACAAGUACAUCGAUGCCAAAAUCGAGGGCACCACAGCGGUCAGCGCCUAUGUCUUUGUGAGAGAUUUUGAACAGCCAUUUAUCAACAAGCCAGAGACGCUCCUCAUCAGCAAGAAGGAGAACACGUGGGUGCCGUGCCUUGUGUCCAUCCCAGACCUCAACGUCACGCUCAUCUCGCAAAAUUCCCUCAUCCACCCUGACAGGAAAGCCAUCUUCUGGGACAACAAGAAGGGGAUGCAGGUACCCACGCAGCUGAUCAGAGACUCCUUGUUCGUCCAGUGUGAGACUGUCAUCGACAAGAAGGUCUUCAAAUCCAAUUUCUUCAUCAUCCACAUAGCAGGGAUUGAACUGUACGACAUCCAGCUAUACCCUAAGAAAGCCAUGGAGCUGCUAGUGGGAGAGAAGCUGGUCUUGAACUGCACAGUGUGGGCCGAGUUCAACUCUGGUGUCCGCUUCCAGUGGACAUACCCUGGCAAACAGAUGCAGCGAGCUGUGAUAGAAUCUGAGCGCCGGUCCCUGCAGACGCACACAGAGCUCUCCAGCAUCCUGACCCUGCACAAUGUCAGCCAGCAGGACCUGGGCAGGUACACGUGCACUGCCACCAACGGCGCCCAGAUGCUGGAGGAGAGCACCGAUGUCAUCGUGCAUGAAAAGCCCUUCAUCAACGUGGAGUGGCGGAAGGGGCCGGUGAUAGAAGCCACUGCUGGAGAUGAAGCUGUGAAGCUGCCGGUGAAAGUCGUGGCUUACCCCCCACCAGAUUUCCAGUGGUACAAGGAUGGGAAGCUAAUUCCCAAGCAAUCUCAAUCUUCAAUGCAGAUCAAGGAUGUGGCAGAGCAUCAUGCUGGGACGUACACGCUGGUUCUGAGGAACAGGCUGGUGGGGCUGGAGAAGCACAUCAGCCUCCAGUUAAUUGUCAAUGUUCCUCCACGCAUCCAUGAGAAGGAAACUUCUUCCCCGAGCAUCUACUCCCGGAGGAGCCCCCAGGCCCUCACCUGCACAGUCUAUGGUAUCCCAGCACCAGAGGUGAUCCAGUGGCAGUGGAGGCCGUGGAUGCCCUGUCGGAUGUUCUCUCGACGCAGCCUCAAUAGUAGGCACCGGGCAGCAAGGCGCCAUCAGCGAGAUCGCAUGCCCGAGUGCAAGGACUGGAAAGACGUGUCACAGCAGGACGCGGUGAACCCCAUCGAGAGCAUUGACACCUGGGUGGAGUUUGUGGAGGGACGGAACAAGACAGUCAGCAAGCUGGCCAUCCAGGAGGCCAACGUCUCAGCCAUGUACAAGUGUAUUGCCUCUAACAAAGUGGGUCGAGAUGAGCGGCUGAUCUACUUCUACGUGACAACCAUUCCAGAUGGAUUUGAGAUCGAAUCCCAGCCCUCAGAAGAGCCCAUAGAGGGUCAGGACCUACAGCUGAGCUGCAAUGCGGACAACUACACCUACGAGAACCUGCAGUGGUAUCGGCUGAACCUCUCCAAGCUCCACGAUGAGGAGGGCAACCCCCUGGUGCUGGACUGCAAGAACGUCCACCACUACGCAACCAAGAUGCAGGGCGAGCUGCGCUUUCAGCCCGACUCCAAUGAUGCCACCUUGCUGCUCACCAUCCCCAACAUCUCCCUGGGCGAGGAGGGAGACUACGUGUGUGAGGUGCAGAACAGGAAGACCCGGGAGAAGCACUGCCACAAGAAAUACAUCUCUGUGCAGGCCCUGGAGAUCCCCCGCCUCAAGCAGAACCUGACAGACAUUUGGGUGAACGUCAGCGAUUCCAUAGAGAUGCGCUGUAAGGUGGAUGGCAACCACGUUCCUGACAUCAGCUGGUAUAAAGAUGAGAAACUGGUGGAAGAAGUGUCAGGAAUCGAUCUGGCAGACUUCAACCAGAGGCUGAGCAUUCAGAGAGUGAGGGAGGAGGAUGCUGGUCUCUACCUCUGCAGCGUCUGCAACGCUAAGGGCUGUGUGAACUCCUCGGCUAGCGUCUCUGUAGAAGGCUCUGAUGACAAGACCAACGUGGAGAUUGUCAUCCUGAUUGGGACUGGGGUCAUCGCUGUUUUCUUCUGGAUCCUCCUUAUCCUUAUCUUCUGUAACAUCAAAAGGCCUGCCCAUGCAGACAUCAAGACUGGCUACCUCUCCAUCAUCAUGGACCCUGGCGAGGUGCCCUUGGAGGAGCAGUGCGAGUACCUGCCCUAUGAUUCCAGCAAGUGGGAAUUCCCGCGAGACCGCCUGCGCCUGGGUAAAGUCCUGGGUCAUGGUGCCUUUGGGAAGGUGGUGGAAGCUUCAGCGUUUGGGAUCAAUAAAAGUAACAGCUGUGAGACCGUAGCAGUCAAAAUGCUGAAAGAGGGAGCUACUGCAAGUGAGCACAAGGCACUGAUGUCAGAGCUGAAAAUCCUCAUUCACAUUGGAAACCACCUCAACGUGGUGAAUCUGCUGGGUGCCUGUACCAAACCCAAUGGUCCACUCAUGGUUAUCGUUGAGUUCUGCAAGUAUGGCAACCUCUCCAAUUACCUGCGGACCAAGCGAGAAGGAUUCAGUCCUUACAGGGAGAAGUCACCCAGGCUGCGUAUUCAGGUCCAGUCCAUUGUGGAGGCAGUGAGAGCGGACAGAAGGAGUCGGUCUGGGACUAGUGACAGUGCUAUCUUCAACCGCUUUCUGAUGCACAAGAGCCAGACAGCACAGCCAAUCCAGGAAGUGGAUGACUUGUGGCAAAGUCCCUUGACAAUGGAAGACCUGAUCUGCUACAGCUUCCAGGUAGCACGUGGCAUGGAGUUUCUGGCAUCCCGAAAGUGCAUCCACAGAGAUCUAGCAGCUCGCAACAUCCUGCUGUCAGAGAACAACGUGGUAAAGAUCUGUGACUUUGGCUUGGCCCGAGACAUCUACAAGGACCCUGACUAUGUCAGGAAAGGCAGUGCCCGUCUCCCACUGAAGUGGAUGGCUCCAGAGAGCAUCUUUGACAAGGUCUACACUACCCAGAGCGACGUCUGGUCCUUUGGAGUCCUCCUCUGGGAAAUCUUCUCACUGGGGGCAUCUCCAUACCCUGGAGUCCAGAUCAACGAGGAGUUCUGCCAGAGGCUCAAAGACGGUACCAGGAUGAGAGCUCCAGAGUAUGCUACUGCAGAAAUUUACCGUAUAAUGCUGAGCUGCUGGCAUGGUGAUCCCAAGGAGAGGCCAACUUUCUCGGACCUGGUGGAGAUACUGGGGAACCUUCUUCAGGAAAACGUCCAACAGGAAGGGAAGGAUUACAUCCCACUGAAUGACUCUCACAGCUCAGAAGAUGAUGGUUUCUCCCAGGUGCCUUCCUCUGCCCAGCAAAAUUCAGAUGAAGAGGACUUUGACAUGAGGAUACGUUGCCACAGCCUAGCAGCAAGAUAUUACAACUGCGUCUCGUUCCCUGGUUGUUUGACGGGAGGAAAUCAGAUCAGGUGUUCAUCCAGGAUAAAGACAUUCGAAGAGUUUCCCAUGACACACACAAUGUACAAGGCACACCCGGACAAUCAGACAGACAGUGGGAUGGUUCUGGCAUCUGAGGAAUUUGAGAGGAUAGAAAACCGACACAGAAAAGAAGGUGGAUUCAGCAGUAAAGGGCCCAACCGGACUGCGGAGCUGUCGGCGGAACAGUCAGACCUGCGGGGCAGAUGUCGGCCGUCGUACGGAUCCCAGGUCGGAGGCCAGACUUUUUACAACAGUGAAUACGGGGAGCUGUCAGAACACUCUGAGGACGGCAGCUGCACCCCACCUGGGGAGGGGGCCAGUCCCACCGCUCUCCACACUUCCUUCUUCUCCGAGCAGUACUAAUGGCACCAGGCCCUGGAGGCAGCCUGCCGAGGCGUCCCCUCUCUCACUCUCUGGCACAUCAUCAGGGUCGCUCAGAGCUUCCCCUUCAACCUACGCCCAACCCCGGCAGCGAACCCACCCCAAACAGGUGGGGGGAACACCAAUGUCCUCGGAACCACAGCACGAUGGCCCACGCAGCACCUCCAGCUGCCACUUCUCUGUGCUGGGACUGGAGAAGAGUGCCUUGCUGAUUCCUUGGGUUUCUUUUAUUUCUGUGGCUCAGAUUGAUUCUGCUGGCAAUUGUGUGCCUGUGUUCAACACUACAGCACCUUCUGCCUAGCAUCCAGCCUCCGCUCAGAUCAGCUUCCCAUUCAGAAAGCCCAUUUCAGGUCAGAUAUAAAUAGAUCUGUCUUAGUCUCAAGUUUCUUCCUGGUGAGCAGACUGAAUGUUUUUCCUUGGAUCGCUUCCUCCUUCUCUCCUCAUGAUGUCAGCUGCUGAAUCGCAGAGCAGAAUCAAAGGCAAGAAAUCCCUGGUGGUAUUAGCAGCAAGAGCAGGACAUUCUGAAGAGGUGUACGGAGAGACCCCAAGGGAUCUCUGUAAAGGUUCGUGCACGCUUCAUUCUGGGUAGGUGCCAGCGUACACCCAGCCUCUCCAUCUCCUCUGCAAGCAACACCCACACCCCUCUCAUCUCUGCUGGAGGGGGUCCUGCCACUCUGCCUUACCACGGGGAUUUUUUAGCCAUUUCAGCACAGCCAUCAGAGCGUCUGCUGAUGGCUGCAGCCUUCCCAGUGAGAUGAACAGCAACUCUUUUUGCAGGCCCCGUGUGAAGCAGGGCCUCAUAUUCUUUGUGCUGGGAGCUUUGUGCUCGCAGGUCUGCUGCUCUCACCUUCCGCUUCUCCCAGAGCAGCACUGAGAUCAUCUGUUGUUCGAAUGAGAAAUUAAAGCAAAGCUGUGUUAAUUUCAGCUGGCUUCUAAACAUAGAGUGAAAAUGUGCUGUUUGCUGAGAGGAAAAGGAUAUAAGUGUCAGGGAGCGAAGUGUUUAUUUUCAAGCUGCUGUGAGGGCUUUGGAAACAACGGAAGGAACAAAGCUCCAGCAAUGAGGUGCCCUGGGCUGCAUCCCCUGGUGUGCUGGUGUCGCUGAGCACACACAGGGCAGCACCUGGCUGGAGCACAAGCCCUAAUUCUCCUGGAUGGACCACUCUGCACCAUGGCCUUUCCUGUUGCCCUGGCUCACAGGAGGCGCUCUCUGCCCCAUAGGCUCUUCUCCAGCUUCUGUUGCAGAGCUGCCAGCGCAACGCUGCUGUCUCUGGGGGACUGAAAACAUUUAUUUGCUGAGGAGCCAUCUCAUCACUGGGGCCCUUUGUUUCUGAAAGAUACCACACGAAUUCAGGCUCUGGGGAACCUCCACAGCCCCUCUCAACAGAUUUCUGCGCUGCUGCCUCGCUGCUUUCCACCUACUUCUUUCCAUCCUGUUCAUAAUCCAAGAGCUCAGCCACAGAGCCGUUACAUCACCACCAGAGGAGUCUGGGUGCAGAGGCUGUCUGAACAGCUUGUCAUCUUCUCCCACACGCCGGUGGCUGGCAGAGCUCCUUGCACAGGGGCAUCUCAGCACUGGGGAGUUUCUGCAUGCAGGCCACACCUCUGCAAUAGAGGCAAGAGUUUGGACUUUGAAAAUUGUUUUCUAUCAGAUGUACCGUUUUCCAGAGCUGUGUUUCUCUUACGGAAGGUAUUACAUGUUUCCUGACGUGAGUCGUUAACGGGUGACUUUCCCAAAUCUUCAUUACAGUUGUGUGCACAAGUGUAACGGGGGAGAUUGAUUUAGCUCGUGGGAAAAGCAUGGCUGUCACUCAGAUUCCCUCAGUCUGCAGAGCACCCAGUGUUCCCCUCCCAUCCCAUGUCAGCAGGAGGACGUGGCUGUGAUUUCCAUGGCUAUUAGAGGCACAGAAGUGGACCAGCUGGAGCCAAGCUGGCUCAGGAUGUGGAAUUUGAAACUGCGUGUGACAAUUGAUUCCCCGACUCCUACUGAUGUCCCCCAAAGUUGCCAGGAAUUUAAGCAUCUUUAAGUAAUUGUUAUGACUCAGUAAGAAUGCUUCUGGCAGGAGAUGCGGGAGAGGCAGGCCAGGGAAGCAGGACAGCCAGCAGGGUGCGGGCCAGGCCAAAUCCUUCUGCCCUGGUCUUGCCCUGCUUCUUCCAUCGGUGGUUCCCUUGGCACAAGGAGGGCUGUGCCCUGAGCUGGGGAUUCACACGGGUGGAAGGUGACAGACUGCAGAGCCAAGUUCAGGCUGCUCUCUUGGUGACGUGCAGCCACAGAACCCCCAUUCUCUCGUUUCCAGCACUUCAUAAACAGCUCUCUGCCUGGAAACGCUGCCCCAGCUGACAGGAGGCGCAAGAAAUGCCUGUGAAUUAACAACUGGAAAGCAGAAUUCCAAAGUAGCUGCAGAAAUGCACUGGCAGGGUUCUGCAGCAGAGAUGAGACGGAGGCAUCCGUGCACCCCAGUGCUCAGCACUCCCGAUCUGUCAGCACUCCCAGCCCGCUGGGACAGCUGCUGUGGGGUUUGGGUUCCAUGCAUAUUGCUCGUGAGCAUCACUGUGGAGAAGCAUUACUUCAUUAGAGCCAUUGUUAAAGAUCCCCUGCUUCGUGCCGGGGGAAGCGCUGAGGUGACAUCUGAUUCUAAACAUUCAAAUCAUUCAGCCCCACAGGAGCUCGCUGUCUGUGUUUUACGCCUUCUUGAGGUGUGUGGGGGGAAGAAUCAGAUCCUAUUGUAUCAGUGUCAACAGCCUUGCACGAACAACGCAGCUUAGCACAGCACGUGCCGGCUCUUCAGAUGCUCCAGUGAAGAACAACCGCAGUGUCAGAUACUGAAGAGCUGUUGAACAGUUGUACUUUUGAUCUCCUAAAACAAGACUGAAAUGGGAGCGUACAAACCUGACACCCUUCCCCACACUCUCGCAUUAUUUCUGGCAUCUUUUGACGGCCUUCGGAUUGGCGUGAGCACAAAAAGAGGCGGGUUGGUUCUGGUUUGGGAUGAGGCAGUGGUGCUGUGGAAGGACAGACAGCAAGGAGAAAAUAUCUCACCUUCUAAAACCCAGGUUUGAUGUCUGUGCCUGCUCAGUGCUCAGUGCACGGUUUGGUUUUGUUUGGGCCUUUGACUGGAACUGCCAGCUGAAGCUAUCGAUCCUCUUCCAAAAUGACCAUCCUGGGUCUGCACUACAAAGCGUUGGUAUUGAGAGGGCGUUCCUCCUUCAUGAAAACAAAGCAUCUCAUUCCCUACUGACACAUAUGUCCCCGGAGAGAAACCUGUGUAUCGAGUACCACUUCGUGUGUAUCGCAGUAUUUUAGCCUGGUACCUGUUGUUGCUGCAGCAGCGUUGGGUGUUUCUGUGGGCUGCCCUCCGAGCAAGUAGCUUACAGCAUGGGUUGUGUGUGAGUACAGCAGUGUGGUUUGUGUGUGUGUUGUGGGUGAGUGUUUGGGUGUUGCAUGUGUUGAGUUGCUCCUACCGGUGAGCGGAUGUGAGUUCUCAUAGCCCCCCGUUGAGUCCUGUGUCUGGAAGCUGACGGUUAUAUAUCAAACCAGUUAGAACACUGCUUUCUUUCCUCUCCUCCUAUCGUACUCGUUAUCCUUUGUCAUUAAGAGUUUUGUUGUAAUAUCUAAAUGUGAACAUGAAUAAAGUCGUAACUGGC